CGUCGUUGCUGCGUCGUAGUUCCUCUCUAUCGCGGUGACGUGCUCGUUCAUUUGAGCACCCGGGUUCAAAAAUAAAUAGUCAUUUGCUAGGGACCAUUGCGGUGGGACUCGCGGUGAUUCAGAUUCGUUCGUGUUGUUCUAUUCCGGGGUUACGAGCAAAAGUGCAAAAGUUGUACCUUCUGUCAGGAUUUCAGCCAGAUUCCGACCUGUUUGGGGUUCGCCAAGGGCAUUGAAGUGAGUGUCGUUGAGCUAAGUAGUCGCGGUUGUUGUUGGUCAUCCGCAAGCGGUUUAGAAAGGUUUGCAGAUUGGAGCGAGAGUGAGCUCUACCGAAGUAGCUAUUAAGCGAGCAAGAUUGCGGAAUUAGGCACACCGUGCCCGGUAUCUAGACCACAGACAUAGCGACAGACCAUGGCCACAGCGAAACCGGUACAGGUGGUCGAAACCGGUGAAGAGCACACGUUUGCACUGAACGAGGAUGCACUGACGGAGAUUCUGCUGCAGGAAAAUGUACGGGACCGGACAGUCGUCGUCAUCUCGGUUGCCGGUGCCUUCCGGAAGGGCAAAAGUUUUCUGCUGGACUUCUUCUUGCGAUAUAUGUACUCGAGGUACGUUCACCAUCAGAGCGCCUCGGAAUGGCUUGGGGACGAGAAUGAACCGCUGACAGGAUUCUCGUGGCGGGGUGGCAGCGAACGUGACACAACCGGCAUUCUGAUGUGGUCAGAUAUCUUUCUGCACGAAACAUCGAAUGGAGAAAAGCUGGCCAUCAUCCUAAUGGACACCCAGGGCGCGUUCGACAGUCAGAGCACAGUGCGGGACUGUGCCACAGUGUUCGCCCUCAGCACAAUGCUCUCGUCGGUGCAGAUCUACAACCUCUCCCAGAACAUCCAGGAGGAUGACCUUCAGCACCUGCAGCUGUUCACCGAAUACGGCCGUCUGGCACUGGCCGACAGUGGCAAGAAGCCGUUCCAGCGGCUUCAGUUUCUGGUUCGGGACUGGAGCUUCCCGUACGAGGCAGAAUAUGGUGCCUCGGGUGGCGAUGUGAUCUUGAGGCGGCGCUUGGAAGUACAGGACAAACAACACCCGGAGCUGCAAUCUCUGCGGCGGCACAUUACCUCCUGCUUCACGGAAAUUGCAUGCUUUCUGAUGCCACACCCCGGUCUGACGGUUGCUACCAAUCAGAAGUUUGACGGCCGGCUAGCAGACAUUACGCCCGAGUUCAAGCAGAGUCUGAAGGAACUCGUGCCAAUGCUGUUGUCGCCGGAUAAUCUGAUAGCAAAGGAAAUCAACGGCCAAAAGGUGAAAGCACGCGAUUUGGUGCAGUACUUCAAGUCGUACAUGGCCAUCUACAAGGGCAACGAACUGCCGGAACCGAAGAGCAUGCUGGUGGCGACGGCAGAGGCCAAUAAUCUGACGGCAGUUGCCGCUGCGAAAGAAAUCUACUCUCAGCUAAUGGAGGACGUUUGCGGUGGAAACAAACCAUAUCUGAACACGGCACAUCUGGACUCGGAACACAAUCGGAUCAAGGAGAAAGCACUACACCAGUUUUCUUCCAAACGUAAAAUGGGCGGCGAAGAGUUUUCCGAAAAAUACCGCGAAAAGCUGGAAUCUGAUCUGGAUGAAUCGUACGGAACGUUCAGGGCGCACAACGAGAGCAAGAAUAUCUUCAAAGCGGCCCGGACGCCGGCCGUCUACUUUGCGAUCGCCGUCGUAAUGUAUAUCUUCAGUGGCAUCUUCGGCCUGGUCGGCCUGUACACGUUUGCCAACUUUGCCAACCUGAUCAUGGGUGUUGCGCUGCUGACACUGGCCACGUGGGCGUACAUUAGAUAUAGCGGAGAGCUGAGCGACUUCGGUGUGCGGUUAGACGAAGUUGCCAACCUGCUGUGGGAAAAUAUAAUGAAACCAGUGUAUCAAUCCUGCAUGGAGAAAGGCAUCCAACACGUGGCGACUCACGCGACCGAAUAUGCCAUCAGCGGUGGGCCCUCAUCGCCCUCGUCUCGGUCAGCCGGAUCUCGUCAGUUGAACGGCAAGGUGAAGCACUCUUGAGAGUACGCUUCCAGUGGUAGCUCCAACGACGAUCAUCAGCUGGGUCGGUGGUGGUGGCCAUUCUCCGGUGGUGCAGCAGCAGCAGCAGCAAAUCGUCACAAUGAGGUGGCUGAUUCGGGUAGAUUCGGAUGGUUGUUUUCUCCGUCUUCGGCGGCCGCAAUGCCACCGGCCCCCAACCACCACCGCCAUCUCAGCAAUGGUAGCAACAAUAGUAGGUUUAGUGUUUUCUUCGAUAGCCUUAGAGGUAGUACGAGUAGUAACGUUAAGCGAAGUACCGAUACCGACAACAACAACAGUAGGACGGGCGGCCGUGUGAUAAAGGGUCCAUCGUCGACCGGUGUGGGCAGCCGUGCUGCUAGCGGCGAUGGUCCGGCCACCAAGUUCAGUGGCCGAAGACGAACGAAAACUAAAGCAUGAACAAUACACGUUUCAACCCGCACUUAGCCCACAGAAAAGGUAAUAUGACAAUGUUUCGACAGCAACCGGCUAAAUACACACUCGAACACACACGGUAGCAUUCUGAACCCCAUCCAUUUAUGUUGCAUUUCUUUUGUUUAUUAUGAUUAUGGAUAUUGUGUUUACCCCCGAAGUUUAAUAUAUUCCCCCGUGUACUGCUGUUGUGUUACAUACCUAUAUAAAGUUUUAAAUGUACUAUUAUAGAUUCUAGUUUGACCUCUUCCCCACAACAAACGUCUUUCGCUGUUUAAAAAGUAUCCUGGUAUUGUCCUAAAACAUGUGCCAAAUCGAAUCACAUCGGCGUUUAAAAAUUCCUAACUAUAUGAGCUGCGAAAACAAAAAUCUUGCCACUAGAUAAAUUCGAACAGGAGUAAAUUGUGUUUCUUUAAGGUGUGACGCUGGUCAGUGAAAAGAUUCAGUAUUGUUUGCUACAUUUCGAAACGAUUGAAGCUAUUAGCGAGUUGAAAUUCAGACUUCAGAGAUUGUUCGCGAACUUAAAUUGAGCUAAGUAAUUUCUUUUAAAAUCCAGGAUUUUCUACCAGAUUCCUUGAAUUCUCUCUGAAACCAUCUGAUCAGCGUCUUGGCAGUAUGUUCAUUUUUUUCGCAUUGAAAUUUAGCACCUUUUACUUAGUAUACCACCACUUGAAACGGAUUUCAAACUGUGUUAACAACAAUAAUGUUACCCCCUAACGUUAUCAAGAGGAUGAAAGUAACCUGUAAAUAGACCAAAACUCUAGCAGCAAGUGGGCAACAAGGGAAAUAAUUAUUCAGCUCUUAAUUAAAAUACCUAAUGCACUUGGCAAGAAACCGCUCUGCAACGUAAAAAAAUAAUAAGAUAUUUGAAUGAAUGGCACAAAUUUAGAUCCUACAAGCUGGUUUGGGAGCUUGUUAUACAACUGCAUGUGACUUUUGUGACACACUACAUUCAUCGUGAAAUUCAUUGUUCUGUUUUUAUGACAUAAAGUAAGAUCAGCUAUUUGGGACAGGUGUUUAAGUAUCGGAAAAAUGGUUUAGGAAAUCGACCAAUUGUGUAAAAACGACAUCUGAGUAGAAGUGGAAAUGCAAUAUAUUUUAUUGAUAUUUUUAGCAUAAAGCGUAAAUAAUUAAUUCGUCAAAAUAUUUGCUAGUGAGCUAUGCAGAAAUCAUGUUCAUCAUUAUUUUUUUUUAUUGGAUCCUUCAUGUUGGAUAGAAUAGUAGGGAAAUGAUUGUUCAUAUAUUUUUUACCAUAAGAGAGUUGAUUAUUUUCCAUCCGUCACAUCCUUUGAACCGUACUGUGUAAUUUUACACUAGAUUUUUGUUGUGUUUUUCCCACGAUUAACGACACCUGCGAAAAUUGAUCGGCAUGUGCAUUUUUGCUCAAUAGAUGUGUACCCCUAUAUUGUUUUAUGUUUCACCGCCUUAUUCCGUGUGGAUAUUACAUAUAGUUAAAAUAAUGACACAAAUUCAAAAAAUGACGUAACGAAUACCGCGUGUUGUUUGUUCCACAUUUAUUUUAGAAAUUUUAUCGAUCAAAAUCCUUGUAAAUUUGGCCCCUUGGUAAAAGAAAAAAAAACAGCUGAAUGUAAUAAAGUUCAUACACAGUGACGCUAGAAUAAGAUUAUACCUACUAAUAGCGCUGCUAAGAGUAAAUUGAAGCACCCACUAACGAUCGGCGCAGAGCUUGUGCAAAGGAAGAAGAUAAUGUUUAAACUGCGCAAAGAAGACACGGAAUCACGGAUCAUGGCUUACACGGUGUAGACGAAAAUGUUGCGACAAAGCGGAUUUAACCGGAGUUCAUGUUGGGAGCGAGAGUUAUUACGUGAAUUAUUUUUAUAUUAAAGUUACAAAAAAGUGGACACAAAA